CACUUCAAUCUAAAUCCUCUAAAUCUCAAAUUGGCUAUACUUACGUAAUAACAAAGUUUAAUUAGUACGUAACAUUGUGUUAUAAUGGCCAAAGAAGAUAGCUUCUCUUCUCUCAAAACCAUCGACAAAUGCCAAUCAACCGAUCGUGAAAACAACAUUAUCGCAGUCGAUAUGAACGGUACUUUGCUUACCCAACAAAGCCCUUUCCCCUACUUUGCACUAGUGGCAUAUGAAAUUGGUGGAAUUUUAAGGCUUCUCUUCUUGCUAUUGACUUACCCACUUGCCAAAUUUUUCUAUCACUUCGUCUCAGAAUCAGCUGGUAUUCGAGUCAUUAUUUUUUCCACCUUUGUAGGUAUGAAAAUUUCUGAUAUUAAAUGGGUAGCCAAAGCUGUUCUUCCCAAAUUUUACUCUGCCGAUGUGCACCCCGACACAUGGCGAGUCUUCUCGUCAUGUGACAAACGGUGCGUUUUGACAACAACCCCAAGAAUCAUGGUGGAACCUUUCUUGAAAGAAUAUUUAGGAGCUAAUUUAGUUAUUGGUACAGAAAUAUCUUCCAUUAAAGGUUUCGCCACGGGCUUUGUUAAGAAGCCCGGGGUUCUUAGUGGGAAGAACAAAGCUGAAGCGCUUCGCCACGAGUUUCCUAACCCAACACCUAAUAUAGGUGUGGGUGAUAGUGAAAAUGAUUACCUAUUUAUGAAGAUUUGUAAAGAAAGUUACAAGGUUGAUGCCAAAACCAAAGUUGAACCACUCAGUUGCGAAAAGCUACCUAAAGUAGUGAUAUUUCAUGAUGGUAGAAUUGUUCAAAAACUAACACCUUUCAUGGCUUUACUUGUUAUUAUUUGGACCCCAAUUGGGUUAAUCUUAGCAUGUUUGCGAAUCCUAGCUUCAAUAACAAUUCCUUGGUCCAUUCUCACUUACGUGAUAUGGAUUUUGGGGGUUCGUAUCAAAGUAAAAGGAAACUUAUUUCCUUUUACUAAAGGCCAAUCUGGGCUUCUCUUCGUUUGCUCUCAUCGAACGGUCCUCGAUGCAACUUUCGUUGCUGGGGUUCUUCACCGUCGGAUCACAACCGUCUCUUAUUCCAUUUCACGAUUAUCAGAGAUCAUUUCACCAAUAAAAACCACACCACUAAGCAGAGACCGAGUCAAAGAUGCUGCUCUGAUUAAAAAGACUCUAGAGGAAGGUGACUUGAUCAUUUGCCCUGAAGGUACAACUUGUCGUGAGCCUUUUUUGCUUAGGUUUUCAGCUUUGUUUGCGGAUUUAUCUAAUGAGUUGGUUCCCGUGGCUAUAUCUGUUAAAAUGGGCAUGUUUUAUGGUACCACUGCGAGAGGUUCGAAAUGGAUGGACCCAUUUUACUUCAUGAUGAAUCCGAGUCCGUGUUACGAGUUGAAUUUUCUUGAUAAGUUGCCUUAUGAGUUGACUCGGCGAGGUGGGAAGACGAGUGUUGAGGUGGCUAAUUAUGUACAGAGGUUGAUUGCAUCGACAUUGUCGUUCAAGUGCACAAAUUUAACUAGGAAAGACAAGUAUAUGGCGCUUGCUGGGAACGAUGGUGUUGUUGAAAACAAAAAGAAUAAUUAAUUGGGGUCAAUAUUUUGAUGUUUAAGGUUAGUGUCAAGACCCUCCUACAAAUUUUAUUGCUUAUUAUUAAAUGAAGUAUGUACUACUGUUUUCGUUUUCAUGCAUUGAUGAUGUAAUAAAUACAUAAUGUGGGAAAAUAAUUUUACACAAUUGCCCACAAAAUUUCAAAUAAAAAAGUGAUUUUCCUAUUUCUCAAAAAA